CAGGAUGAAGUAUGAGCUCCGAUUCAAAGUGUAACUUGCCGGAUUUGAAACCAGUAAAGUUCUCCGGAUCGCAGACAUUAGCUCUAGGUACUUUGCCACCUGUCCAAUAUGGAAUCAUCUCCGAGAAGCUGCGACAGAGUUCUUCGAAGAACUUCCAGUGUACCGUGUUCUGCCCCGGGAAGAAAUGUCGCUACGAGGGCGCUGGUUACUGGCAGAAGGAGGACAUGCCGAUCAUGGGCAUUUUCUCCACAUGGAUCACAGACGAUAUUGUGACGAUGGCUCGACCUUCCACUGAAAUCAUCGAGAAGUACAAAAUCAUCAAACAGUUUCGUGACAUCGGUAUCAAGUCCCUGAUCAACUUACAGCAACGAGGGGAGCACAAUUCUUGUGGUGUGCCGCUCGAUCGAUCGGGGUUCACGUAUGAUCCUCAAGUUUUCAUGGAAAAUAAAAGAAGGAUUACGGAUCAGUGCCAAAAACAGUCUUACUGGACAUGGUUAAAGUAUUGACUUUUGCUUUAACCGAAGGCAAAGUCGCCAUUCACAGCCAUGCGGGUCUUGGCCGAGCAGGGGUCCUCGUGGCUUGUUACUUGGUUUACACGAUGCGAUGCAAACCCACCGAUGCGGUUGCCUAUGUCAGGAGUAAAAGGCCAGGUUCGGUACAGACCAAAAGUCAAGUAGAAAGUGUCCAAGGAUUUGCUCAGUUCGUUGUUCCCAUGUUCAUCGUAUUUGCUAAUGUUAUCACAAGGGAUAAUUACAGAAUGAGUUUGAAUGUCUACUUGAGACGACAAAGGUAUAUGUUGCAUGGAUUUGAAGGAAGACUUCUGAAACACGUGCCUAAGCCCGUAUUCCUGUUUUGUGAGCGUCUGUUGUCUUUGAUGGACGAAACACAGCCCAAGCCGCUCGACAUGGAUGCACUCUUCAAUGAUCCCAACAGAUUCCUUGGCUUUUUUUCUUCCCGCUGCCGGUUGCUGAAAAUCCAAUUUCCAUCUCAGAAACUAGCGGAAAGCACUAAGUGGACUCUGCAAUUGCCCAAGACGGCUUAUAUGAAUGGAAUCUUGGAAGAGCCGAGACACUGCGCUCCACCGUCUCCACCUAAUGGUAUAACGGGCGAUAUGGAACGCGGAGACGAAGAUCGAGCCUUCUGGGACUCCCCAGAUAGUUUGUCAUCUCCCGAAGAAAAUGGAGAGCAUCCAUAUUUCAAUCUCAUUGGUGGCUGUAGGCCACCAGAUGAUGGUAUUUUAGAUUACCAGCUAUCGGAAGAUGAAGAGACGGGGCGAGAACCGGUACUCGAAUACAACAACAAAUCUCUCAGCAAUACGGAGUCUUCCAAAGACAGCGGUGAAAAGGAAGAAACUGCCAAAGGGGUCACCAGCCCCACUGCUCCAAUGAAUGAAGAAGAUAUAAUCCAAGAAGAUUCUCCCAAUAAAGUUGGUAACGAAGAAGAUAUUCUGCAGGAAGAGGAAGGAGAAGGCAACGAAGAAGACGACGAUCCUUUAGAGGAUCUGAAUUCGGAGGAAUGCAAUGCUAUUAUUGAUUCUGUCCUGGAAGAAAGUCCUUCUGAACAAAAUACGCCUUUCAUCAACGGAGUGCAGAACAGAAGAGACAUAUUUGCCAACAAAGCCAACAAAGGCUGCCCAUCCUUAUCUUUCGAGGAAGACUUCAAAAAACCGCUAACAAAUACAAAUAUUAUCGAUGCCUUAUUAGCCGACCACUACACUCUUGACUCGGAAUUUGCUGGAAAACUUAGAAAGUACCAGAGAGCUCUGAAUAACCGUUCAUCAACAUGGGAGAAAGUGGCGAAAGAAACUGAUCCAAUAAUGCUGUCCGGUCUGCUCUGGAGCUGGUUAGAUCAAUUACGGGAGCCAGUUCUAAAUAAGAACGAUUUAUCAAUUAUCGUUAUCCGUGCUGAUAAGCCUAUGGAGAUCUUGCAAAAACUUGAUAAUGGCACACGGUACACAACAGAAUACCUUGUUCGAUUCAUAGCUAAACUGCAGCCCAAAUCUACAGCCAUCAGAACUGAUCUCUUGCGGCGUCUUGUGGCCUCGCUCACACAUCAAGCUCUAGGAAUCCAAGGGACACUCAGGCCCGUUGGAAUGGAGUGGAACAAACUACGACAGGGAACUGCAGGACAAGUCAUGAUAUUCAUAGACAAAUUGUAUGACAUGAUUGUAGGAGACUCUGCUCAAAACAAGUGUAGUUUUUAGAGUUCAGAUCAGUGACUUUCUGGACUCAAAAUACCUUCCAUGCUCAAAUACAUAACAUACAUGUUGCCAGAGCUUUGAACUUAAAAAGCGAAGCAGUCGAAUAUUCAUGCUUUUAAAGUCCAUUUUACAUAAUGCUGAAAAUGAAAGGAUUUCAGAUAUCUUUUUUUAAAGCUUGUUUCUCGUAUAAAAUUUUUCAUUAAGCAUAAUUUUGUCCAAAAUAAUUUUUUUCAAUUUAAUUUAAACAGCGUUUCUCAACAUUUUUGCAGCUGAUGAAUCUUUAAAAUUAUUUCCAGCUCUUAAUUAAUCCCUACAUAAAAUUAUUACAACUGCAUUUGUUUAGUUGUGUCAAAGAUUUAGCAAUCCAAAAAUAAUUUUCAAUGUUAUAUUUAGACAGAACACCUGUAUUUUGUCAGAGGAUAGGAUGCUAAAUUUUCUAAAUUCAAGUGAGUGAUGUCCACACAUAAAACAUCAAUAUGUGUCCUUAAAAAAUUCUCCUGUGUUUUUGUACCUUAUCUGAAUAGUUUCAAAAGCGUUAAGAAAGAUUGUAAUCACAUUUGACUCUUAUGAAGUAAGGAAUGCCCCCUUACAGUAUUUAAAGACUGAAAUCGGUACCACUGAAAACUUCGUUGAAGAAAGUAACAUAAUAAGGCUUAUCUCACCUAUCUGGAAAUAAUUCCUCUUUUCCGUAAUUUUGAAUGCCAUGCGAAAUUUGCUUUAUACAUCCUUUUAACUUGCUUUAAGAAUUUUUAAGUUAUUUUUAUAGAUAGGUUCAUCAAAUUCUUUUUCAUUCACAUUCUUUCAUGCAAAUACUGGACUGAGAAACGCAAAUCUGAAACUAAAUUAUUUCAGAUAUACUGAAUUUCUUUAUAAAUAGAUUCCUAUAUAAAUUACUGAAGCGUUGAGCACAUUACUUUGAAGAAAAAAGCCAUAAUUUUAAAUUGUUUAGAUAGAUUUAAAAUUGAUGAAAAUAUUGCCGUUUACGUUAGCUCCGUUCUAAAUUUUUUACCUCCAACAGAGAACUUUGAAUGAAGCUAAGACCUUGAAAUCAGUCGCUUCGCUUUUUAAUUCAUUACUCUGAUGAUUUGCAUUGAACUGUGAUUCCUUUGUUCCGUUGUUUCAACGAGAGAACUGUGUUUUGAACGGUUCAAAGUGUCCAUCUGGCAGCCAAAUUCCUUUAGCUUCCAUUCCAUCAAAUGACACCAGAAGUGCCUCUUUUUUAUUAUAAAUCUGACUUCCAUUGAAGCUUUUUCUCAUUGUCAUUGUAUAUAUGCAUGUUUGUAUUCAUUACUCAAUGUACAGACAUUUGGUUUUAAACUUUCAAUUGUUAUCAGCCCUGUUGAAGCAUGUGACUGUGUCACUGUCUUCAUUUUGCAUUGUUACACAAAAUCAGCUCAAGGUUUAAAUUUUAAAGGUAACUAUAUUACUUAUAUUUACAAUUCCCAUUCCCAUCAUUUCCAAACAUGCAGUUAUGUUUUCCUGUAUUUAUUUGUUAAUAUUUCUGUAUUGCCCCGGAUAAAAGACGAUGCUUUAUCCUCAGAGUGCCUCUGAAAUUCUCUCUGUAUUUUAGUAAAAUAACAUUCAAAACUAUUUAAGAUAAUUUAGCAUUAAUUAUCUAAUUAUCCAAUCAUUUGUUACGUUAAAAAUACAUUUUCUUAAUUUUAACUUAAAGUGUUGUAUUUAUGAGACCCAACGGACCAAGAUGCAUCUGCAUACAGAUAUCAGUUGAUCAUGUUUCGCUAAGACAAAAUCCUUUACAAUGAUGCCAAGCUUAAAAGUGGUAGAACCUUCAGUACAACCUGCUUUUAAUUUGACAAAAGCUUCCUAAAUGUGCCCGCAACUUUUAUCCUAGACACUGUUAUUACCCAAAUAAGCUUUUAUUAUGCUACUUUAAUUAGUACAGCAGAGGAAAAUCAUAAUUGAACGGCUGCACCCGCGCAAUAUAGUGGCGAAACUUUGAAAAACUAUGAAAAUUAGUUUAUUUAAGCUGAAAUCUGAUCUUUACAGGAAAGAAGCGGCAGCGCACUCUUGUGAAAGUCUCUGUUUGGGUUAAUAAUGGUCAAUUUGUCCAGUGUCAUGCUGUCAAUAGACUAGAGGUACUGGGCUACUUCCCUAAUAUUUAUUACAUUAACACUUUCAAAUUUAUUUUUAAGCAACAUUCAAAAGGAGUAAAAAGAACUCCAUAUUGCCUCUUUUGAAACCGAAUGUCAUUGAGUAUAAUUGGCCUUUGAGCUAACGGGAUGAGCUGGAGCUAUGUCGGCUUUACUCCAAGAAAGUCUAGCUAUUCACGUGUUUCUGUAGCCACCGUAGUCAUGCAGUGAAUUAUUGACUGUAACUUUGUAAGAAAUUUUAUUUUCUCGUUAUCUCUAUAAGAGAAAUUGAUUUAAAAUUUAGUGUUAUUUGUUCUUUUUCAUAAAAGCGCUCUUGUGGCCCAUAGAAGUUCCGAAAUAAAAUGUAUUAAGUAAUAAUUCCAUGUUUAAGCUAUGAUGAGAAAAGCCAUACGAAGAACUAGUCCUACACAAGAUACCAUUACAAAGCAAUGCGCGAACAGCUUCCAAAUACGUUUUAUGAUAAUGUGCUGAUCAGAUCUCAGUAUCAUAAUCCUAUGGUCUUGAGCACUUGACUACCAAGAUUCCUUUGAGAGUAGUAUGUUUGCAAAAGCCACAAAAGCUGGCCUCAUGUUCUUUUUGAGAUAAAAUGUUUUUAAUUUAUUAUUUAUUUUUUGUGGCAUCUACUGAAUUAAAAAAGUUAUUUAUUAUAAUGUGGUAGGUUCGCUUUGAUCUCCUCUCUUUACCAGAUUUUUCAUAAAUUUAUUAAAGCAUAUUAACCAUUACUGUACUUAUUAUCUUCGCAUUCUAGGUAUACUAAACAUUGUUAUGAAGAUCACUCCCUAAGAUGAUCGCUUCUGAAAGUGACCAAUAUUUCUGAGAACUUGAAUAAAUACUAGUAUUGAAUUUUAUCCCUAUAAAAAGAUGAUCACUUCCAUUUUCCGUGAGCGGUCGUCUUAGACAGGAUUAUAAUGAUUCUUCAUAUCUGCUAGUCCCUUUGAUAAAAACCACGGCACGCCAUUGGAAUUUCAUAAACUUUCCCCCGCGCCAUCCUUAUGACGGGAAUCAUUAUGAAGACAUUUUCGUAUAACGGAAUACUUAAUAUAACUCUAUAAACAUGAUAUACGUGAAGUUAUAUUAUAUGCAAACUAAGUGCUUUCCUUUUAAAACCAUCAAAACUUCAUCGUCUUUUUCUUAGGUUAUACCGCCUCAAAUUCGGGCUAAUACAGUAUAUUUAUCAGAAAUUUAAGCUGGAUUUCUCUCUUAAAAUAUUAAAAUUAUUCUUUUUUAGAUUGAUGUAUGCAGCAGGGACUGCUGUUUUAAUUUAUAAUGAAAGUUUUAUUUCUGUUCUUUUUCAUAUGCUUUUUAUUUUGAAUUUCCAAACCCAAAAUAAAAAGCAUUUUAGGUUUCUUCUUUAAGGAUAAUUUUUAUUUUAAGAUACUUUAGAGCAAUAUUUAAUUGAGAUUUCUCAACUAAACGUAAAUGUACGAAUAAUGUGUGCAUUAUUUAGGAAAGAAAAGUUUUAAAAAUAUGCCAUAUAACUUGCGAACAAAUAAAUAAGUACGACAGAAAUUUUCGUUAUGUACUUUAGUCCAAAUUCGCAUUUCUAGUACAACCAUUCCAUGGCUUAAAUAUAAACUUAAUUUUAUCAUUCAAUUUAAAUUUUUAAAUCAUGUAAAUGAGCUUUAAGUUUCAUGGAAUAAAUAUUUCUUUUACGUACAUAUCGAGGUCUUGAAGGUUUGUUUCUUAUAUCAUUUGUUCAUAUCUCUCUCGUUCAGAAUUCUUAAACAGAGAUAAUAAUUCUUCUCGUCUUUUUUUUCUUUAUUUCUAUAUACAUUCCAUUUGAAAACUCAUUACAGAAUGUGAUUUGAAUUAGUUAAAUGGAAGAAAAAGGGUAAUAUAAUGGAUAUUUAUUAUAUUUGAUAACUGAUUAAAUUGAUUUUCAUUGAUAUAAAUUUUUCUCCAUCCAUUAUCGUAGGUACUACCUGACGCUAAUUACUUAUAACUAGAGAUUUCAAUGAAGUCUUCGAAUGACAAGCAGUACUUUUAGUAGUUAGUGAAAUUUUAGUAGUUUGUAGGAGAGAUUUUAUUUAGUGAAAUUUUAGUAGUUUUACCUAUCAGGCAAGUGUAGCUUUAAUCCAAUCGCUUCUUUUAAUAAGUUCAUUCGGUUGAACUAAAACUUUUGAGUUGAUCAUUUCAUCUUUCCUAUUAAGCUUUAAUAAAUUUCCAGGUUGUGGUAAAAUGAUAUUACUCUGUUUCCUGUUAAACUGUGUUGUACUUGAUAGACUUACCCAUCGAUAAUCCGACGAUUUGGUGUGUAAUGUCAGUCAACAGGGCGUUAAGUAAAAGAAAUUUAUAAAAUAUGUUAAACUGGCGACUAUAGAUUUACUAAGUUAGUUAAACUACGGUGCUAAAGUUUUUACCAACAGCGAUAGGUUAGCAACAAAAUGUACUUAGAACGAAAGUGAAAAUAAUUUCUUUGUUUCCUUGUUUUAAGUACUUGUUCUUCAGUGUGCUUCUGCUGUCGUGUAUCUUAGAUUUCGGAAGAAUCAUGCAGUCCUUGUUGGACCAGAUGACUUUGCAAUAUAUUGCCAAUGGUACCUCUGGAUAAUUGCUAGGCAUAUUAUUACUGACACAAGGAACAAAGUGAAUGUGAUAUCUGAGCUUUACUAGGUCGCCGAUGGAAAAAGACGGAGAAUGACCCUCGAUGAGAAAGAUCUCGUUCUGGUCUUUCCUUGCCAUAUGGUUGUUUUCCUUUUUUAGAUUUCUAAUGGGUUGUGAAUAAUUGCCAACUCAUCUUCAUGACAUAUGUCUUGUUGACUGUUCUGUAUUUUAUAUAUGAUUAGAGUAGACAAUUUGUACUCGCCACUAAGCAUGCAGACGGAGACUGCGUCGAGCUAGUGAGGUAGUGGCAUCAUAUACAAAUAUUUGUCAUUUCCAAACCACAAAUGUUUUACGAAUACUUUGGUAUUACGCUAACAUAUAUCUUUUUCUUUUCAUGGAGACACGUAUAUGCAAUUACUAGAGGAAUAAUACAUAAAAUAGUCUAUUUUAUUCUCAAAAAAUAUUUUUGUCCAGCUUCAGUCGAAUUCAAGCAUACAUACUUACUAGCAUGAUUUUUUACUAACUAGAAUUGUCAUACGUCUUUUUAUUCCCAGAAAUUAAAAUAUUCUCACGGUAAAUAUUAAUUAAAAUAUUCCCUGAUAGCAUUAUAUGAACUUUCUAUUAUUUUUCAGCAUAAUCAAAAAGCAAGAAUUCCCGACGAAGGGAAAUGGCAUAAGUAGUUGCAUUUGCGUGUAGAUGAAAAGAAUUAAAUGAAAAAAAAAGUUCAUUUAUGGAGUCCUAUAAAAAGGUCAGCCUCUUACAGUGGAACAAAAAAGUGACACUUAAAUUAAAAGCACUAUAUGAACUAACACUGAAAAUAUUUAUGCCGAUUCCAAUUGAGUGAUUGAUUAAAACUCUUGACAAAAGUUGGAGAAAAAAAUUAGCUAAAACAUUACUAAUGUAUCUUGGUAAGUUGAUAAAAAAUUUCUGAUAUUAUUUCUGGAGCAGUCAUAAAUAUUAUGGUAUAGUUUGUUUUUUUUCUCCUAAAUUAAUUUAUUUUAGGAAAAUAAAUUGCAGAAAACCGAGUUAAGAAAUCAUUGCAUAACUGAGAAACAAUUUCGGGGCUUAAAUGUUUUGUUUUUGAGUAAUUGUGAGUACCUUGUUUGGAUUGUCAUGGAUGUUUUGCAUAUUUACGUCUUGGAAUCCACUAUGCGCUCAGAUAUAUGUAAGCCUUUUGCAACUUUCUUUCCAUUCCGUUCCCUUUCAAAAAUGCGUGAGGAGGUUGGGCAGAGAAUUACUGAGGGGUGACUUUUAGUUAGUGUUAUUCUUACCUGAGUCAUGGAGCGGUUGAGGAUCAUGUGCACGUGUCUGUCAAUACAUUUAGCUUAUUUUCGUUAUUUUCAGUCCCUGUUCUGCAAGUUAUUUAAAAACUAUUAUCUUAUGUUUAUACAUACUUUUUCUAUUAUCUAACUUAAAUGCUAUUUAUUCUCUCCUAAAACAACUACUUCAAAUACUUUUCUUUUCAUCCUAGAAUGUUGCUUAAUGUCUUUAACAACUUCUUACUGCCUACUAUGUUUUAAAGUAUUUCAUUAAAUUUUUUAACCGUUUUCUAAGCUAUGUCUGUUUAAUAUGUCAAUUACAUGCUGUGUAAAUAAAGCAAAAUUUUCCAACUG